UAAGGGGACCAAUCAGGCGAUAGUGGAGGACAUUCACCAUGGCAACAGUGAGCGUUUGGGGGCGGGGCCUCUGAGGGAGCUGAUGAAGCUGCUGCCGGAGAAAGAGGAAGUGGAGAAGCUCCGGGGUUACCAUGGAGACGUAUCUAAGCUCUCAUUGGCCGAUUCCUUCGUGCACCUGCUGAUACAGCUGCCCAGUUACUCGCUGCGUAUCGAGGCUCUUCUGCUGAAAGAAGAGUUUCCUGCCGCCUGUGAAGCCAUGACGAGAGACUUGAAGACGCUGCGCUCGGCAACCAGAGGUACAAACACAAGAUACAUCAGAACAUAUUUAGCUUCUCAUUAAGGUGGGAAGUAGUGG